AUGACGGAGACGGACGUGAACCGGGGGUCCCGACUCGCUCAGCAGGUGCGACUGGUGCAGUGGUACCCCGGUCACAUCGCGAGAGCCGAGAGGGCGCUGAGGGAGCAGCUCAAAGCCGUGGACGCCGUCGUCGAGGUUCGAGACAUUCGCAUCCCGCUCGCCACGACGCACCCCGAUAUCCCGGACUGGAUCGGCAACAAACUGCGCGUGCUCGUGCUCAACCGCGCGGACAUGGUCACCGACGCGGAGCGCAGCCGGUGGGUCUCGUGGUUCAAGAAGCGGGGCGAGAAGCACGUGGUGCUGACGGAUGCGAAAACCGGCAAGGGCGUCAAGCGCGUGAUGGAGGUGGCGUCGUCCGUGGCGAAGGAGGUGAACGAGAAACGGGUCGCGAAGGGCUUACUCCCACGGCCCGUGCGCACCGCGGUGAUCGGCUACCCAAACGUGGGUAAGAGCGCGCUCAUAAAUCGUCUGACGAACAGCAAAACGUGCGCGUCGGCUCCGAGGCCGGGCGUGACGAGGGAUUUACGUUGGGUCCGCGUGGGCGGCGACCUCGAUUUGCUCGACUCCCCCGGCGUCCUACCCGGUCGUUUGGCGGACCAGACCGCGGCGAACCGUCUGGCGAUGGCCAACGACAUCGGCGAGGCGUCCUACCUCGCGUCCAGCGUCGCCGCGAGGCUGAUCGAGGAGAUGAAACGUCACGAGAGGUGGAGCUCCAGGCGCGGCGGGCUCAAGGAGAUCGUCGAGAAGAGGUACAAGUUCGGACCCGACGACGACAUCGACGAGAUGACCGGCGAGGACGUGGUGUGCUACCUCGCGGCGAAGGCCCAGGACGACGACCUGGAGCGAGCGGGGACGAGGAUCCUCAACGACUUUAGGAAAACCGCACUCGGGUCUUUCGCGCUCGAGCUGCCGCCCAGAGGCAAAAGAGGCGACUCCGUGGCGUCUUACAACAAGACCGACUACAGGCGCCAAGUGCACUUCAUCUCCGACGAGGACGUUCGAUACCACGACCCGUACCGCGGGGACAUCGGCACCGUCCGCGCUAGUAGGCCCUCGAAGGAGGAGUAG